AUGUCAAUUUAUUUCUUUAAAUAUAAUGGUAUUCAAACAACAAUUACUCAACUAAGAAACUUAUAUCCGUAUAGAUAUACGGUGGUUCGUAUAAUUUAUGCAGGUAGUUAUGCCAUGCUGGGUGAAUGGGUACAUAUUCAAAAAGAAGAUAUUGGUAGUGAAAUUUUACCUGAAGCACAACUGUGGACAAAUAUUUCUUGUGCUAUUACAUUAAUUCUUAUCUUUGUUUUUACACUGGAUGCGGAGGUGGAAAGUCAAGUAAAUGGUCUAGAGAUGGAAGUUCUUGCAAGUGAUGAUUGA